AUAAGUCGGGGUGACGAAUAUAAGCCGUGCGUCGCGCAUCGCGACUUCAACUCGCGUAACGUGCUCGUCAAAGCCGAUCGAACGUGCUGCAUCGGGGAUUUUGGUUUUGCCUUGAAAGUAUUUGGCUCCAAGUACGAAUACCGCGGCGAAGUUGCUGUAGCCGAAACAAAAAGCAUCAACGAAGUGGGCACGCUCCGUUACAUGGCACCGGAACUGUUGGAGGGCGCCGUCAAUUUGCGUGACUGCGAAACAUCACUCAAGCAAAUGGAUGUUUAUGCUCUGGGAUUGGUACUGUGGGAGGUGGCUACUCGAUGCUCGGACUUCUAUCCACCUGCCCAAAUGACGCCAUCCUACAAAGCCCCCUACGAACAGGAGGUCGGCACCCAUCCCACUUUUGACCAAAUGCAGGCGUUGGUGGUGCGGCACAAGGCACGACCCUUGUUUCCCGCAGGCUGGGGUGGGGGCUCUGCGGCCAAGUUGAUAAAGGAUACAUGCGAGGAUUGUUGGGAUCAUGAUGCUGAAGCGCGGCUGACAUCGCUCUGUGCCGAAGAGCGCAUGCAAGAAGCAGCUGGUUUGCGGCCGCGCUACUCACAUGCACAGUCGCCUAGUCCUUUGCUGAGCGCAAACAAUUUGCUGGUGCCUGAUCAGGUGGAUGGGAGCGUGAAAAUAUCCAUGGAUACGUGUAAUUCGGAAACAGAAUCGAUGCUUCAGCCGCCACCAAACCAAAAGAUUUUGCCGCGCGCCCAAAGUGUGGGCAGUGAGUUAGGUAUCGCACCACAUGCAGAGAAGAACCAUCUUAUUCACACCCAACAACAACUACAACCAUAUCAGGGACGCAACCCAUGCCAAGAGCGCAACCUGGCACCAGUGUCCAAUCGACCGCCCCAGAUUUUGGUUGAGAAAAGCAAGAAGCACAGCUUUCAAAACGGACAAGAAAACAGUUUUUCUUGCUUAGAAGACGACGUUUCAGUCGAAGACCUUAUCUCUGGUGGUAGCUCGAAAAAAAUUAACAAUUUCAUGACAGAGAAUGCACCGAGCAUGGGAGAGGGCUUUCCCAAGCAACACAAUACCGAUCGGAAAUUGAGAGGUUGGCACGGCGUUCGGGCGCUAAUACAAAAAAAACUUUUCCGCAAAAGCGACGUUGGCACUGACCUUUUCCAGCAGCAAUUCGGGUACGGAGAUGAAAAGUCUAACUUGGUGGACAAUCGGUACGCUGCCGUUAUUAAAGGGCUCGACAACAAUGGCAGCGAUAGGUUGGCAAAGGCAGCAACAAUUAGUUACAUAGAUGACCGGCAACGUAGCAAUAACGGUGUAGCGACAACCAAGACCACAAUGCUCACUGAUGUCUACCCACAUACAAGACGACCCAACAACCUUGACUUGAGUCCUAUGAACGGUUCAGCCGUACCAGUAGGAGAGUCCAGUGGCCCGCUUAAUGCUCCUGUUGCUUACAACAAGUCAAAUCUAAUUCAAAGCAUAGCGGAGGAGAGCAUCGACAAGGGCGCCAAGCAACACCUUCAGCAAGUAGACAAACGCACUAGCACGCCAUGUCAUGUGGUGCCACGUUCCCUCUCUUCUAGUCUAAUUAAACACAUAAACCGCAAUAAUAAUAACGUGAGUAAAGGCGAGCUGAAUACCAUAAACGCUACGAAC